AUGGUUGCAGAACUGCCCAACAAACAAAACGACCCGAUAUUGUACGAUACCGUAACUAAAAAUAUGGUGCACGGUCCAUGCGGAGAGCAUAACUUAACAGCACCAUGUAUGAAAAACGGUAUCUGCACAAAAAAGUACCCUCGACGUUUCGUAAACGAUACCCAAACCGGAGAGGACGGAUAUCCAGUUUAUCGUCGUCGUUACGCCGAAAAUGGAGGCCAGAGCAAUACGUUAAAUAUCAGAGGAAAUACUUUCAACAUUGAUAAUAGGUGGAUUGUCCCUUAUUCUCCAUUAUUGUGUAGGACGUUAAAUGCGCACAUAAAUGCCGAGUACUGCCACUCAGUUCAGGCCAUCAAAUACAUUUGUAAAUAUAUAAAUAAAGGAUCUGACCAAGCUACUUAUAGCGUCAAAAACCCAAACGAUGAGGCGGAAAACUAUGUAAAUGGCCGGUACAUAAGUACAUCCGAAGCUGUUUGGCGAUUUUUAGAAUUUUCCAUUCACGAGCGACAUCCUACAGUCUUGCAGUUAGCCGUCCACUUAGAAAACAGCCAAAGGGUGUAUUUUACCACAGAAACGGCUGAACAAGUGGCCCGAAACCCACGUAAAACUACUUUGCUGGCUUUCUUUGAGCUAAGUAAAGAAGAUGAAUUCGCAAAGACACUUCUAUACUACGAAGUCCCGCAAUACUACACAUGGGCCAACAAUAAAUUCUCAAGAAGGAAGCGUGGUGAGGACGUUGUUGGCCAUCCAGGCAUAAAAAAAGAUGCCGCUUUAAGUAGAGUCUACGGUGUACAUCCAUCUCAGUCAGAGUGUUUUUAUCUUAGGAUGUUGCUACAUCACGUACGCGGUCCAACCUCAUUCGAGUACAUAAAAACCGUUAACGGAGUUAUCAAAGAGACCUAUCAAGCAGCUUGCCAUGCCAGAGGUUUGUUAGAAAACGAUGACCAUUGGGAAAAUACUUUGAGAGAAGCAUCGCUUUCGCAAUGUCCAAUUAAAAUGAGAGAGCUGUUUGUUGUCAUACUUUUAUUUUGUCAGCCAUCGGAACCAUUAAAAUUAUGGGACAAUUUCAAAGACGAUCUUUGUGAAGAUAUCAGACACAGAAUCAGACAACAAAAUCAAGACUUGGCCUUACCAUAUAGUGAGGACAUUUAUAACGAAGCCUAA